AUGGCCAUCUCGAGCUACGUUGGGGUCGGAGCCUGGAUCCUCCAGACCAUCUUCGCCCUCGUCGCGCUGGCUCUGUCGAUCGACCUUCUGAGGGGGCAACUUGACGGGGCCCCGCCUGGCUCGAUCCAGUUUGCCGUCUUCGUGGGAUCAGUAGGCCUCGUCGUGGCGCUCCUGGGGCUGGCUGGCAUGUUUGUCGACAAGAUACCUAGCAACGUCGUCAUGGUGUUCGACGUGAUGAGCGGUCUGCUCCUGAUUGGCGGCGGCAUUGCGUAUGCCGUUGCUCUCGGUGGUAUCGAGUGCGAGAGGCAUGAGAGCUCGGACGAGGUUGUAGGGAAAGAUUGGUGGGAAAGCCCAAUCGUCAAUGCAGGUUCUCAGAACUAUCAUGGAACCCGAAAACUGGACUUGCGGCGGUGUCAGAAGGCAUAUGCAAACCAGGCCAUCCAGUUUGCAUGUGCCGUCACAGCCCUGGGAACUGCAUUCCUCUGCUAUUUGGCAUGGAGGAGGACUGGUGCAGGCUGGGCAAGGCCGGCCAUGCCUUGA